AAAUAACCCUUCCCUGUCCCACUCAGUGACAUCUGAGUAGGAGCAAAGAACCGAACAGUCUCUUCAAGGGUUGCCAUGGAGACAGUAAGGAGCAUCUCAGGCAGAGUCUGUUUAGACAUUGACGUCAUUGUGGGUGGGACCAGUUGAUCUCUUAGUGCCUGGAAGGGAUAGACCAGACCAAUGCUAACCAUUAAAGAUUUUUUGGGGGGAAUUAGGAAUGGUGGAACCGCGGGAAAAUAGAAACAGAGCAGCCAGCCGCAUUCUGGGAAUUGUAGUUAUAUUUCUCUCAGGCGCAGGCGCACUCCUGCCCCAGCUUGGGCUGUAUGGUGGUAGCUUCGCGGCUGGUCAGUCAGCUCGCAGAACCAGUCUCCAGUAUCCCUGAGUAUGGUCUGCAAGGGUCCAUCCUGGAGUGUUAAAGUAAUGGUCUACUUGGAAACAGAGAUCUGAGUUCCAGAGUGGAGUUUCCAGCUAAUGUGAACUUGUUCCUGGGUCCCCAUGCUCUAGUGAAGAUAAAACAUCUUAAACAGUGGAAAUCCAUUGGGGAAGACACUCAACCAACACGAGACCAGGGUUUUGUGGCAGAGCCUGGAUACUGAGAUGAUGGAGCAGGUCUUAGAACUGUUGGUUUUAGAGUAAUUCCUGACCUUCCUACUUGUGGAAACAAGACAGGAUAAAGUUGAGGAGGAGGUAACCAUGGAGGAUUUGAUCCAGAUAUUUGAAGAGAAAGAGAUCAUUAACAUUCAAGGAUGUGGCUGUGGACUCCACCCAGGAGGACUAGAAGCAGCUGGAUCCUGCUCAGAGAAUUCUGUACAGGGACAUGAUGCUAGAGAAUUAUGGAAACCUGGUCUCAUUGGGCUUGGAGAGUAUAAAGAAAAGCAAGAUGCCAUCUCCACAGGAAACUAUUUCUGAGGAACCAUUGUUAAAGGAAACAGAAAUGGAAAGAUUUAUAAGGAGUGGAUUCUUGUACUUCAAGUUAGGAAAAGCCAGAGAAUGUGAUGGCCACUUGAUUAAACAUCAGGGAAUCCAAGAAAAAUAUUUGAAAGAAAUACUCAUCAGCUGUAAAAACACCAUCACAGGGAAGAGAAAUCUUGAAUGUAAUGAACUUGGGGUAUUCUUUAGACUAAAUUCAGACCUUAUUAAGCAGCAGAAUGGUCUGAUAGGAAACCAGUCCCAUAAAGCAGAUAAAUAUGGAGAAAUGAUCAAACAUGAUUCCAAACUAAUUAAAAAUGAAAGACUGUUUUUAAAGAUAAAGUUUCAUGAAUGCAAUGAAUAUGGGAAAGAAUUUAGUAGAAAUACACAUCUUAUUGAACAUCAGAGAAUCCAUACUGGUGAGAAACCCUAUAAAUGUCAUAAAUGUGAAAAAGUUUUCAAUAAGCAUUCAUACCUUAUUAAACAUGAGAGAGUUUAUAGUAGAGAAAAACUUUAUGAAUGUAAUGAUUGUGGGAGAGCCUUUGGUUGGAGAACACAACAUCAGAGAAUCCAUACAGUUGAGAAACCUUAUGAAUGUAGUGAAUGUGAGAAAGCCUUCAGAUUGAAUACAAUUCUUAUUCAAUAUCAGAGAAUUCGUACUGGAGAGAAACCCUAUGAAUGUAAUGAAUGUGAGAGAGUUUUCAGCCAGUGUACAAACCUUAUUCAGCAUCAGAAAAUUCAUACUGGAGAGAAACCUUAUGUAUGUAAGGAAUGUGGGAAAGCCUUUAACAGAAGUACAAAUCUUAGUAACCAUCAAAGAAUUCAUACUGGAGAGAAACCCUACAAAUGUAAUAUUUGUGGGAAAAGUUUCAGGAAAAGUGAAAUCCUCACUAAACAUCAGAGAAUUCAUACUGGAGAAAAACCCUAUGAAUGUCAUGAAUGUGAUAAAGCUUUCAGCCAGCAUGCACACCUUACUGGACACAAGAGAAUUCAUACUGGAGAAAAACCCUAUGAAUGUAACCAAUGUGGGAAAGCCUUCAGAUUGAGUACAAAUCUUUCUCAACACCAGAGAGUUCAUACUGAAGAGAAACCCUAUAAAUGUAACGAAUGUGAAAAAGCCUUCAGUCAGAGUCCAGCCCUUGUUCGACAUCAGAGAAUUCAUACUGGUGAGAAACCCUAUGAGUGUCAUGAAUGUGGGAAAGGAUUUAGUGAUAAGAGCAUCCCUUAUUAAACACCAGAUGAUACAUACUGGAGAAAAGCCCUUUAAAUGUCAUGAAUGUGAGAAAGCCUUCAGCUGAAGUUCAGAUCUUAUUCGGCAUCAGAGAA